CAGUAUAAAUUCAUCGCUUCACACAAUCACACUCUUAUCACACAGCCAAAAACCCUAGGUAGAUCCCUCCCUCACUCUCCAGCAAUGGCCGCAGCAGCACGACCCCUCGUCACCGUGCAAAACCUAGAGGGUGACAUGGCCACCGACGCCGCCGCCACUGUCCCAAUCCCCGACGUCAUGAGGGCCUCAAUCCGCCCCGACAUCGUCAACUUCGUCCACUCCAACAUCUCCAAAAACUCCCGCCAACCUUACGCCGUCAGCCGCCGCGCUGGACACCAAACCUCCGCUGAAUCCUGGGGAACCGGGCGUGCCGUCUCCCGUAUCCCCCGUGUUCCCGGUGGCGGAACUCACCGCGCCGGCCAGGGAGCCUUCGGCAACAUGUGCCGCGGAGGUCGCAUGUUCGCCCCGACCAAGAUCUGGCGCCGCUGGCACCGCAAGAUCAACGUCAAUCAAAAACGCUACGCCGUGGUCUCCGCUAUCGCCGCCUCCGCUAUCCCCUCCCUCGUCCUCGCACGCGGCCACCGCAUCGAGUCCGUCCCUGAACUUCCCCUCGUCGUUAGCGACUCUGCCGAAGCCGUUGAGAAAACUAAGGAAGCCAUCAAAGUUCUGAAACAGAUCGGAGCCUUCCCUGAUGCCGAGAAAGCGAAGGACAGUCACGGCAUUCGCCCCGGUAAAGGUAAAAUGCGUAACCGUAGGUACAUUUCCCGUAAGGGUCCUCUCGUCGUUUACGGAACGGAAGGAGCUAAGGCCGUUAAGGCUUUCCGUAACGUCCCUGGCGUUGAGGUUGCCAACGUGGAGAGGCUUAACCUUCUUAAGCUUGCUCCUGGUGGACACCUUGGAAGGUUCGUGAUUUGGACCAAGUCUGCUAUAGAGAAACUGGACUCUAUUUAUGGGUCGUUUGAUAAGGCCUCUGAGAAGAAGAAGGGGUAUCUACUUCCCAGGCCCAAGAUGGUUAAUUCUGACCUUGCUAGGAUCAUUAACUCUGAUGAGGUUCAGUCCGUUGUGAGGCCCAUUAAGAAGGAUGUGAAGAGGGCAACUCUUAAGAAGAACCCCCUUAAGAACCUUAAUGCUAUGCUUAAGCUCAAUCCUUAUGCUAAGGCUGCUAAGAGGAUGGCGCUUCUCGCUGAGGCCCAGCGUGUCAAGGCUAAGAAGGAGAAGCUCGAUAAGAAGAGGAAGAUUGUCUCCAAGGAGGAAGCUUCUGCCAUCAAGGCUGCAGGAAAAGCAUGGUAUCACACAAUGGUGUCAGAUUCUGAUUACACAGAAUUUGACAACUUUUCUAAGUGGUUGGGUGUUUCACAGUGAAGUCUUUCAUUUAUAUUCUCGUAUUAGAUUUUUGUUUUGUAUGCUUAUCUGAACUAAAUAUUUUUGGCUUUUUUGUUUUUGCUGGUUAACGUUAUCAUAAUAUCAUGAGACUAUAUGGAAAUUUUGUUUGUUGGAUUUUAGUGCAAAUUCUGCUUGUCUUACGUUUAGCAGCUACAUUUAUACUUCUGUUUUCUUAAAAAAAUUAUAAUCCAGUUGUAUGUUACUUUUUUAUGUCAAAGUCUUUAAAUUCUCU